AUGGAAAUAUUUUCAUCAAGCCCGUUCCGUGGAAGCUCAAAAAGUGAUCACCGAAAAAGGCCAGCAGGAUACAAUGCUACAUUCAAUGGACGGCGUAAGAGCGCAAAGACAGUAACGCUUGGAGGUAGUCCGAAGCGGAGCUGGAGAAUUAGAACCGUCCCAAAAUUGAAGUUUAAGUUGAUAUUGUCGUCGCCUAUGAGGCUGUGGAGGAAACUUAAGAACCGGUACAUGAACUUGAUGCUUAAUUUGGGCAGUUCGAGUUCCGCAAAGGGCUUUGGUGAGAAAAGAAUACCCAAGGCUCGUCAAUCCUCUACUACUACUUACACGACUACUGAAUUCGAUAACAGACUUGUUUUCGAAAUUUACAAGUCCUUGAUGACUUCUCAUGAAAUGGCUACAAGUUGA